AUGGAUGAUUUUUUGAUUAAGUUUUUUCCAAGAUUCUAUGAGCGAAAGAGUGAUGUGAAAGAGAACAAUUACUGCAAAUAUGAUGAUCAAAUAUUGCAGCUCUUCACAUCUUCACUUUAUAUUGCUGCUUUGGUUGCCAGUUUUGGGGCUUCAAAGGCUUGUAACUAUUUGGGGCGCAAACCCACCAUUUCUGUGGCUUCAAUUCUCUUCAUCAUUGGUGCACUCUUGAGUGCCCUUGCUCAGCAUAUGUGGAUCCUCAUCUUGGGGAGGAUUUUCUUUGGUUUUGCAGUUGGAUUUGGCAAUGAGGGCGGCCGUGUAUGUGCAUCUGUUUGGCUUUGGCCUUGA